AUGACCCCCACCCAGCAGCUCCUAGAAAGCUGGUGCCUGACAGACAGCAAAGGUUUUGAUGAACACAUGAAGGAACUAGGAGUGGGAAUGGCUUUGCAACCAAUGAGUGCAAUGGCCAAGCCUGACUGUGCCAUCUCUACCGAUGGCAAAACCUUCACCAGGAAACCUGAGAGCACUUUGAAACCAAAACGGUUUUCUUGCAACCUGGAGGAAAAUUUUGAAGAGACAGAUGGCAGAAAAACUCAGACUGUCUUCAGUCUUAUGCACGGUGUUUGGGUGCAGCGCCAGGUCUGGGAUAUGAAGGAGAGCGCAAUACAGAGAACACGGGAUGUCGGAACACUAGUGACGUAA